AUGCUCAAGCGCCUCGCCCGCGCAAAGCCCUUGCCAUGGAUCUGCCAGCAAUGCCAAUGGCAAAAGCAGCGCCCGCGCCGGCUCAACAGCACUUUGGCGGCCUCGUCGGUGCACGCCCGCGACUCCCCGGCACUGCCACAGGAGGCUGCUGCCCUGUACGGACUGUCGGCCAGCGGCAAGACAGACGAUGAAGCCCUCCGCAAGGUGUUUGAUAAUUCCGCCUUCUGGGACAGCUUCCGGCGCUCUUCAAGCGCAAGACAGGAAAAGCCGGCUGGCAUUAUUGGGAAUAAAUACCUGACCCACCCCGAGGGCUUUGUCGAUUUCGUCUCCAUUACCAUUCAGCGCUGCAAUGCCGUGGUGCAAAAGGUGUCGGCUGCGCAGUCGACCGAAGAGUUGAGAAAUAUUGUCAAGGACUUGGACAAGCUCAGCGACCUGCUCUGUCGCGUCAUAGACUUGGCCGACUUUGUGAGGGGCACGCACCCGGAUCGCAAGUUCCAGACCAUGGCCGUCAAGGCCUACCAUACCCUCUUUCAGUACAUGAAUGAGUUGAAUACAACGCCGGUGUUGUACGACCAGCUCAAGAGAGCGUCGGAAAUGGCCGAAGUCUAUGGGGUUUGGACCGAGGAAGAGCGCAUAGUGGCUAGGAUACUCAUGGAAGACUUUUCAAGAUUUGGCAUUGGAUUAGACGAAAAGACUAGACAGCGGCUCGUAGACUUGAGCGGCGAGAUUGCAGAAGUGGGCUCACAGUUUGUCGAGGGCAUGGCGCCUGAGACACCGACGUUGAGAUUCAAGGCGCAGAAGUUGAAAGGGCUGGACCCGAACCUGGCAAAGUCCUUGACCAACUGGGGUGAGACGAGGAUAUCUACAAUGCAUCACGAGGCACAGAGUAUACUUCGAUUCGUACAAGAUCCAGACGUGCGGAGAGAAACAUACAUGGCUGUACGGACAGCCAGUAAACCCAGCAUAGCCCGGCUGGAGAAGAUGCUGAAGUUGCGCGCAGAACUCGCGCAGUCGUCUGGCUACGAAACUUUUGCACACAUGACGUUGGAGAACAAAAUGGCACGCACCCCAGAGGCUGUCAAUACCUUCCUCAACGCCCUCUAUGAAGACAGCCGGCCUGGCGUCCUGGCCGACCUGAACGAACUAAUCGACUUGAAGAAGAGCGAUGCCCACCAAGACAAUUUCCCCAACCGCAUCAACGCCUGGGACAAGUUUUACUACACGCAAAAACUCCUCGCAACCCUGGAAAAUCAAUCAAGAAUCCGCUCUGCCGAUCCUCUCUCUGCAUACUUUUCCGUCGGCACCGUCCUACAGGGUAUAUCACGCCUCUUCGACCGUCUCUACGGCGUCCGCUUCGUUCCCAAAGAGACGCAACCAGGUGAAGUGUGGCACCCGGGUGUCCGACGCCUCGAUGUGGUCUCCGACACCGAGGGGCACAUUGCAGUCCUCUACUGUGAUCUCUACUCACGUCCCGGCAAGACGCCCAAUCCCGCACACUUUACGCUCCGCUGCAGUCGGGAGAUUCUGCCCUCUGAACUGGCAGAAAUGAGCCACAUGCAACACCGCUUCUCGUCCCCCAUUGAAGCAGCCACAGACGGCAUGCCCGUGACCUUCAACGCAGAGCGAGGAAGCUACUUUCAGCUCCCGACCAUAGCCCUCGUCUGUGACUUCAGCGCCUCCUCCGCCGGCCGACCCACCCUCCUCAACAUCCACGACGUACGAACCCUCUUCCACGAAAUGGGCCAUGCCCUGCACUCCAUCCUCGGCCGCACAUGCCUGCAAAACGUAUCGGGCACCCGCUGCGCAACCGACAUCGCCGAGCUCCCCUCCGUGCUCAUGGAGCACUUUGCCUUUUGCCCCCACGUCCUGCGCCUCUACGCCCGCCACUGGGAAACCGACGCCCCGGUGCCCAUGGCCGCGCUCGAAAAACGACUGGCGGUCGACAACCGCAGCGCCGCCGCCGAACUCGAGAGCCAAAUCCUCCUCUGCAUGCUCGACCAAGUCUACCACUCCGCCCUGCCCGCUCACCCAAACUUUGACUCGACAGCCACCUACCACGAUAUUUACAACCGCUACGCCUCUGUUCCCGAACCCGCGGGCACCGCCUGGCAGGGCUUCUUUGGCCACUUGUUUGGCUACGGCGCGACGUAUUAUUCCUAUCUUUUUGACCGUGUGCUGGCCGCGCGGAUCUGGGAGCAUGUGUUUCAGCGCGAUGGGGCCGAGGGCAGCUUGGAUCGCAGGAAUGGCGAGUUGUAUAAGGAGGAGGUGUUGAAGUGGGGUGGGGGGAGGGAUGGCUGGCAGUGUCUUGCGGGUGUGUUGGGCGAGGGCAAGCUCAAGGAGGGUGGCGAGGUGGCGAUGAGGGAGGUGGGGAGGUGGGGGGUCAGGGAUGGGAAGUGA